GAAAAGGCGAACUAAAAAAACAUUUUAUACACAUCUUUUGAAAGAGUGGGGCAAUCGAAGAAGUAGGUAGUCCUCUAGUGAAGAAAAAGUUAAAAGAAAAAUUCCUUCACAUUAUCCGAUAUCUGGGACUACUCAAUACAUUCCAUGGAGGGAUCUUUGCAUUUUAAAAACCUGUAAUCCUGCACAACACAAACUGGGCUCAAAAUUAUAUAAGCAAAGCAGCAGCGGCAGCAGGAGCAUCCAAUGCAAUUUACUUCUCUUAUUUCUGCAACUAGUUUUGAAUACUAAUACUCUCAAGCUUAGCUUAGACUGGUGCAAUGAGUUUCUAUGAGCUUGUGAAGAGCUUAGGGCGAAGAUGGAUAGAGGGGGAAGCCAAGAUGAACGACAAGAUCAGCAAGAGCUUCCUAGGAAGGUACUUCAAAAUGGAGGCCCGGAAGACGUGCUUCACAAAAGAAGUGCGUGCAGGCACCGCCACAUUCCUCACCAUGGCCUACAUUCUGGCAGUGAAUGCAAGCAUUUUGGCAGACUCAGGAGGAACCUGCAGUGUAGCAGAUUGCACAAAAGUGUGCAACGUACCUCAGGUCUCAGUCCGAGACUGUGUGAACGGGACCCGGGGACUUAGGCUUGUGAACCCUGGGGUGGAAUGCAAGUUCCCGCCUCUCAACCCGGGGUAUGAGCAAUGCCUAGAGCGAACCCGGAGGGAUCUCAUAGUGGCGACUGUGGUGUCAUCUAUGGUGGGUUGCUUCAUAAUGGGUGUGUUUGCCAACCUACCAUUGGCACUAGCACCUGGUAUGGGCGCCAAUGCUUAUUUCGCCUAUGACGUCGUGGGGUUCCACGGCUCGGGGAAGGUGUCUUACAAGGGUGCACUGGCCGCAGUGUUUCUAGAAGGUUGUUUGUUUUUGGUGAUCUCAGCCGUUGGGCUGAGAGCUCGGCUUGGGAAGCUCAUACCCAAGCCAGUGCGCCUGUCCGCUGCGGCAGGUAUUGGGCUCUUCCUUGCCUUCAUUGGCCUCCAGGCCAACCAAGGCAUAGGGCUCAUCGGAUUCAGCCCCUCGACCUUGCUUGGGUUGGCGGCUUGUCCAGCCCAAUACAAAGCGCAAGUAGUUCCAAUUGCCACAACCACGACAGAAACCGGCAUGACUGUACUCCCUGGGGCAUCAGCCUCUGGAGAUAUCCUAUGCCUGAGCCACCGCAUGGAGAGCCCAACCUUCUGGUUGGGCGUGGUGGGCUUUGUCAUCAUAAGCUACUGCUUGAUCAAGAACGUGAAGGGCGCUAUGAUCUAUGGCAUCGUGGUCGUUACUCUUGUGUCAUGGCUUCGAGGAACUGCCGUCACUUACUUCCCGGACUCCCCACAAGGCGACCGGUCGUUUGAGUAUUUCAAAAAGGUCGUGGACGUGCACCGAAUCGAGACCACCGCGGGCGCCUUGAGCUUCGCGGAGUUCAGAAAGAGCGAGGUCUGGGUCGCUCUGGUCACGUUUUUGUACGUGGAUUUGCUUGACACGACCGGCACGCUGCAUUCCAUGGCAAGGUUUGCUGGUUUCAUGGACGAAAAGGGGGAGUUUGAAGGUCAGUAUUUUGCCUUCAUGAGCGAUGGGGCGGCCAUCGUUGUGGGCUCUGCGCUGGGGUCUUCGCCCGUGGCGGUCUUCAUUGAAUCUUCGACGGGCAUUCGGGAAGGUGGGCGGACGGGCGUGACUGCUAUUGUGGUGGGCUUCUAUUUCUUUCUCGCGCUCUUCUUCACUCCGUUGCUUGCCGCCAUUCCGCCCUGGGCCGUCGGGCCACCGCUGGUCUUGGUGGGCGUUAUGAUGAUGAAGGCCGUUACGGACAUUCAGUGGGACGACAUGAGGCAGGCCGUACCUGCUUUUGUUACAAUGCUCCUCAUGCCUCUCACUUACUCCAUUUCUUAUGGCUUGAUUGCUGGAAUCGGGACUUACCUCGUCCUCCAUGCAUGGGACUGGACUGCCUUUGCUCUCACAUGUCUCACCAAGUAUAUGAAGGAGUCCCGCAAGGUCACUUCCACCUCUCUCCACGUUAACAAUGUUGUCUGAUUACAGGCUUUAACUUUAGCAAUACUCUCAUACUCUCUGUCUUUUGUUACUUUCUCUUUUGGAUGAGGGAUUUUGGAGUGUGAUUGUCAAAUACUGUACAAGGAAAAACUUAUGUUUUCUCUCAUUUUGAUGAUAAUCAUAUAAUGAAAAAAAAAUAUCAAAUCUUUUCAAUCAAA